AUGUGCCCGAUUGGCCGGAAAAGUCACAAGAGCCAGCCCGAGUACGUUGCUGCGGGCGAAAAGCCGGUCGGAUUUCAACCCAAUGCGAUGGGAACUCAAGGCCAGACACCAAUCGGAAGCGACCUGCCUGGACCGGCACCGCAUACAGCCGGGCCGCAUCGACACGAUAUACUCAACAAACUAGACCCGACCGUCGACAGUCGUUCUGGAGGAGCGCAAAUUCUCGGGCCGGGGGUAGGCGCAUCCAGAGGGGCAAACGCACCCUCACAUGGGCAAGGCCCGACAAAUACGGCCGCUCCGGGCAUGAAUGCAUCAGGGAACACGGCGCACACGGCCCCUCCGCCUGGUGUUUCGGCCACAGCGCCGAUUCAGAAUGUACCAGGGGGCACGUAUGGGCCUCACUCCUCACGGCUUGCAAAUGCUCUUGAUCCUCGCGUUGACUCGGACUUGGACAGCAGCGGUGCGGCCUACACCCAUUACCGACAAGGCGGUGAUGUUCCUACCGCAAACACACAGGGCGAGAUGUAUGGAGCACAGCAAACGCGACCUGUCAAUACGUAUGACUCGAGAGGAGACCUUGAUCCCAACCUCAGAGGUGCUGCCGCUGCUCAAGGACAGAUCCCGAGGGCAGUUCAUGUCGGCGGCACACAGCCUGGACCUGCGCCUAAUACCGCGGGGCCUCAUCGAACGGAUUUCAUGAAUAAACUCGAUCCAAAAUUGGACAGCAAGCGGGUGAUUUAA